AUGGAUCAAAUAUCCGAAGUACGUUCAAAUAAAGAUACCAAAUGGCGGAGAAGUUAUAAAGCCUGCCUUAACUGCCGAUUGCGUAAGAUCAAAUGUGAUAUGGGACCACUUGACAAACCUCAUGAACCACCUUGCAAACGAUGCAAAAGAGAAGGCAAGACAUGUGAGUUCCUACAGAGCAGGAAGAAAAGUGUUUUUAAGAGACAGCACAGGACUAAUGGCUUGGAACUGCAAGAUGAGGUUGAAAAGCACGUCGUUAUAACACAUGAAGUUGAUGUAGGCGGUCCAUCUGACAGAAUCGAGCGCCACUCACGAAAUAAGAUUGAUGGUAAAUGGAGGUUUGAGAUAAGUUCCAUGCAAAAUGCGUUAGAGUUUUUAGCUAAAGCUGCUGGUUCAGUCGCUAAAGAAGAUAAUCAAUUGCAUGAAAUCAAGCAGAUUGAUCCAUCGCAAGUUUCAAGAGAUGACUCUUCAUGGAAGGAUCUUACUCCAACUUCCUUUGAAGCUUCUAGAGCAGGCAUUAUGGCUCCACUGGAAGCAGAUGAAGGAUCGAGUAGAAAAGCCGUACCGUUGAUCAAAAAAUUAAGUAGUGUAAGGCCCAAACCAUGCAUUAAGCUAUCAAACCUUGAAUUCAUUGGAGGUUCAGAUCAGUUGACUGAAGAAGAAGUUAUAAAACUAGUGGAUGUUUUUUUCCUGACAAUGUACCCUUUCUUUCCCCACAUACCACUACAAUUACAAGAUCCAGAAGAAUUAGCACGAUAUCCACUGUUACUAUGCUCAAUAGUAACAGUAUCUGCUCGGUACCACUCUUUCUGCGAUAUUGGUUUGAAAGACAACAUGCAAAAUAACCGUAAUAUAGAAGUUCAUGAACAACUUUGGAUUUAUUGCCAAAAACUUAUCUCACAAACCAUUUGGGCAGAGGCAAGUACGAGAUCGAUAGGCACUGUUCUAGCGUUUUUACUAUUCACUGAAUGGAAUCCCAGAGCCAUCCACUGGAAAUGGUCAGAUUAUGCGAACAGCGGCGACUCAAAAGAUAGAAGCAACGAUUUUUCGAUAUCGAGAGACUCUGAGAGACUCACUGGUAUGGCUGCGAUCAGGCGAAGUGACCGAAUGGCCUGGAUGCUUACGGGAAAUGCAGUUAGAUUGGCUCAGGAUAUGGGAUUUAAUGAAACCAGUAGUAAGAUCUUUACUGCGACACAUAUAUCAGAGACACACACCGCAAUGAACGUUGGACAGCGGUCCACACUGACUGAGUCACUGAAUGAGAUCAAUUUGGGAUCAAUUAAAUUUCCCCGCAACAAUUCAGUCGGUAAUGAACAAUUUUAUCUGGAGAAAAUCCUCGAGAAUGAUGAUAGCAAGGAUAGAUGGACUAGGUUUCUACAUGAUAUUCGAGACGAUUAUGCACACCACGACGAGGGUCCCUUGACCGACAUCGAAAGGGAAUUUCUUAACGACGAAUACGUGUUGUACUACACUGCGGACGGCGAUUCUAAGCACAGAGACUCUUCGAAUCUCCUACCGUUCCCAUUGAGAUUCUCGAAGAUUCAAAGAGCCAAGAUCGAGUUGUUAAGAAUAAUCACCGUAGGAUUUGAGGCAAUUUACUGCACCAAGGACAAGCAACAAUCACUGUUCAAUGACCCCACCCGCAAUCUCUCUCUGCUACACCUUAUUUCUCCACUAAUCGAAAGCUGGUACAAGAGUUACCAUGACUUGUUAGAACCUGCGGAAGGUAAACCUUGCACAGUAGACCUUUGUCGAAACAAGCGAGAAGUACACUACGUCGUUAGAAAGAUUGAUCGUGAAAGCUUGAUCUGCGAAUACUACUACUGUCAACUAUACAUCUACUCUUCAGCCUUACAAGUGGACGUCAAAGAGGGUCAAUUGAAAUUACACGAGAUAACACGUAGUGCCAAAUACGUUGAACUAGCCUACAAUGCUGCCAAAAUGUUAUUAACAUCUGCCACAAGACUGCACAGACUAAAUUUGCUCAAAUGCAUGCCCGUAAGAUGGGUAACAAGAAUAGUGAAAUCGGUAGCAUUCAUAGUGAAAUGCUACUUAACGCUAAUGGGCAACGCCGUGGUGAAUAACCCACUGGCAAACACCAUCCUCAAAUUAACAGUGAUCCCAGCUGAAGACAUCUUAAAAACGAUUCACACCGCCGCGCUAAUUCUCAAAGAAGCCUCCCCUGACGAACUGCACUUGUGCAUGCGUUACUCCACGAUCCUCAUGUCCCUAUGCUCAGAGAUGAGAGAAUCAGAAGACUACACCACCGAUUCUCCCACCCCAGGGACAACCUUCGGACAAGAUAACGAUCCGUCACCUAUCCAACCCCUGGAUACAGCGAUCCCUUUGCCAAAUGACGUCGUGGACUGGUUUUCUACAAGCGAUGAGAUCGGUUUGGAGUUUGUCGAAUCCUGGGCCGAAAUGAUCGAACAACGUUAUUUACAGGGCUCUUCAUACAGCCAAAAUUUGGGAAAUGCCGCAGACACCCCCACAUAG